AUGGCCGCAAGAAGACUUUCGGCAUCRGUGUGGGAAUUGGCUUGGGUGCACCCGCUCCUUGCCCUUGUUGGCGGCCUGAUAUUCUUCUGUGUUCGAAGGAGAAAAAAGUUCUCUACUAGUUCUUGA